AUGUCGACAAUAGUGGAUUCACGUCCAAGAGGCUCAUACAUACCUGCCGAUUGUCCAAGUUGUAAAUCACAACAGGAAUACAUACUUCCACCUACUUUUAUAGGUACUUUGAGAGUGAGAUGUUUUGGAUGUAAACAAUUCUUCACACACCCUCAACCCAAACCCAACACAUCUUCAAAUGCUAACAAUUCAUCCAGAUUCCCAGGUAUGGGAUCUAACAAUAACAACUAUACCAACAAUGGUGGUGGUGGUACAUCAAGAGAUACGAAUUCAUCAAGUAGAAGAGGAAUAGGAUCAGAUAAAAAUCCAAUUGAUUUGGCCUAUUAUGAAGUAUUAGGAUUAGAUAGUCAAUGUACUCAGGAUGAAAUCAAAAAAGCCUAUAGACGAUUGGCUAUCAAAUUACAUCCUGAUAAAAACAGAGAUGAUCCAGAUGCAGAAGAGAAAUUUAAACAAAUCUCAAUUGCUUAUCAAGUUUUAUCAGAUCAAGAAUUAAGACGUAAAUAUAAUGAAUUCGGUCAAAAGAAUGGAGGUGGUGUAGCUGAACCCGCAGGUGGAUUCCAAGAUCCAGAAGAAGUUUUCGGUAAGAUGUUUGGAGGUGAUAGGUUCGAAGAUUUCAUUGGGCAAAUCAGUAUCGGUAAAGACAUGAAAGACGCUUUCCAACAACAACACGAAGAAGAAGCGGGUGAUUACAUGAUUGGUCCAACUGGUAAACCAAUGAUGACACCCGACGCGAUGCAAAGGAAAAUGUUGCGAGACAGAGCAGUAGCUGAACAAAAAGCAAGAGUCAGAAAAGAAAGAGUAGAUAAAUUAGCUAUAAACUUGGUUAAAAAGUUAAAUAUCUAUACUGAAGCUGCUAAAGGUGUGGAAGAUAAAUUGGUUGGAGCGAGUUUCAGAGAAAUUUGUCGUCUUGAAGCUGAAGACUUGAAAGAAGAAAGUUACGGUACAGAGUUACUGAAUGCUCUUGGUAGAGCAUAUCAAGCGAAAUCUGCACAACACAUGGCUUCAACUCAAUUCGCUCCUCUUGGAUGGUUCCACGGUGCCAAAAACACUUUUAACGUGAUGGGUGACACCGUAUCGACAGUCCGUUCAGCUCUUGAAUUGAAAGCAGUGUUUGACAGACUGCAAUUAGCUGAACAGAGUGGUAUGCCAGCUGCGGAUUUGAGGAAAUUAGAAGAACAAGCUGCUGAACAAGGUAUAAGGACUUUAUGGAAGGGUGCGAAACUCGAAGUAGAGAGUGUAGUAAGGGAAACCUGUGAAAGAGUUCUAACAGAUUCGACAAUUCCAAAAGAGAAAUUGCAUAUGAGGGCUUACGCAUUGGGUUUAAUGGCUGAGGCAUUCCUGGCCAUUAGAAAAGAUGAAGAAUCAGCUCCAACAGAAGAUUUCGUAAAAGUUGAAACUCCAGCAUCUAAACAACGUGAUGCAGCAGCUUCUUCUGCCAAUACGAGUAAACCAGCCGUACCACCUAGACCACCCACCACAGCAUCGACCAAUGCAGCACCACCACCCCUUAACAUUCCUGCUCACCCAGCUGCAGCCCCGAAUGUACCUCCUCGGCCCACUGAGAAACCUACUGUGGUUCCUGGACCUAACGAUAUACCCUCGGAUCAAGAGAAACAAGAAACACUACAUGCCGCUUAUAAAGCUUAUGAAAGCAAAAGACGAAGUCAAGGGGAAUGA